CAGGUUUUACAGGCUUCAUCUUGGUCAAAACUGUGUGAGAUUUGCCUCGAUGUGUUGAAGAUCCUAAGUAUGUUUUAAUCAGAGAUCAUUUCAGGAUACUGGUAAAAGUAAGUUCGGUGUAAUAGCCAUUCCGCUUUUAAAACGGCAAUUGCAUAAUCACUAAUGGGAUUAACUGACAAACGGCUAAAAUUUUUACCGGCUCUUUAUUAAUGGGAAAUUAAAUCUGUUCUCGUUACCUUUGGAAUGUGAUAUUUGACAAACGGCCAAACGAUUAACUGACAACAACCCCAGCUGAGAGAUGACGUCAUCGCUUUCACCCCUCUUCUCCUUCUGGACUCUAAUCGUUUUGCGUAGGUAAGUUGAUUAUAAGGAAAAAUGAACCGAGCUUUUCGGUAUAGAAAUCGAUGCGACACAGAAUUCUACUUGUUGCAAACCUCUGCACUUUCUGCUGUUUGGGGAUCAAAUCUCAUGAGCUUCAACAUUACUCAAAAAGCGUAUGACCACCCUGCCUCCAUCCAUAAUUCUGGUAAUGUAGCAAGCUGCAUGUUACUGUUGAAUCAGGAGUUAACACGGAUAUGUAGCUGGAGUAGAUUAAAACGAAGAAGCCUGAGAGAAUUCCUAUAUAACAGCAAAGGGCCUACCCCUUUUCUUAAGAGUGUCAUCGCUAAAUCUCAGCAAAAGCUAACAAGUUCUUAAGCACACCUACCCAAAACAUGCACAAAUAAUAAAAUCCAUUGUGUUUUUAGCUACCCACUUAAUUAAGCGUAAUAAUUUAAUCACCCAAUUGGUUUUAUCAAACUAUGACCUUGGAUUUAGCACAACCUCUGGAUUCAUAUCUUAUCUUACUGUUUGUUCUCGGAACGCCUUCUUACAGAAGCUAAAUUGAAUUGUAGUGCUACACCAAAUAAAGCAGGAAGUUUUUCUGUUCCAGCCCUGAUACAAUUUUACUCCACCUUGAUUUGACACAGACCAGUAUACUUCGUUCCUUAAAUUUUGUAAUUUCACAGUUUCGCUUGGGCCAAACAAUUGCUCGUGACAUGUUUCAUUCCCAUAAGUCAUGAAAGAUCGUACAGGUUGGCCCAUAAUUUCUCUUAGAUUGUUGAUCUGGAAUGCGUUUAGUAAGUCACAAAUGGAUUUCAACUUAGGCUGGAAAUUUCGAUGACCUCACAAAUCAUCGAAAACCAAUGACCAAUGGAAAUGCUAGCCAGUACCAAAAGUCGUUAAUACGUUACGGUUUACAACUGUUGUAUCCAGCAAAUCUACCCACGUGAGAGGGUCAAGGGGCUAAACACGAAAAGAGGAUUCUCCCUGAUUGUCUUCGAGUGGACAUUUAUUGUUUUGAAUUAUUUUUCCUCGAAGCCGCCAGACCCCGGCGAUAAAUUGAUACAAAGCCGUUUCUUGUUGGGACGGGUACCAUUUGGAAUAGUACAAGAAGUCUUACAGCGUCACACUUUCUUUCAUUUGUUACUCAGCUGAGAUAUAUAAAUUUCAGGCCUUGUUAUAAAUUAAUAGUCUGCAGUUUCCAAGCUCAAAGAAAGCAAAGUGAUAUUGUGUGACCUCAUAGAGAUUCAAACAAAAUCAAUGCCACUAUACAAAUGGGCCAUGUCUAUGAACACACUACUGUACCAAUUCAUCGUCACACAAUAAAUCUCAAGUGUUCUACGGUCUGCUUUAUGUAAUUAACCAAGGGGCCUGGAAUGGAAUUCAGUGGAAAAGCUGAUCAAAGGUCGAAGCGGUGGUCGGCAUUUCGCAGUUAUCUUAUUCACUGUCUUAUUUGAUCUGCUAAAAACAUCCGCUUUAUUUGGCGGUGCAUUUUAAAAAUAUUCCAAUAAUUAGACACAAUAUGGAUUGGCGGUCAUUAAUUCCGUGAAAUACGAAGUAUUAUCUCGCGGACAGCACGGUUUUUUUAAUUUUUUCCUUAGCUCGAGAUCAAUUACGGAGGUAUAAAGCACGAUAAAAUCUUCCUUCGGGAAUCGCUACUUUGUGUUACUUCGCAACUGAGAGUUUUCAAUGCAAAAUUAUAUUUUCGUGUGACUUAUCAAUGCGGAUUUGAACUGACGUGGAAAACUUAAUCUUGUCACAGAGUUAUAAUUGCAGAACAUUACACAAGAAACUGUGUCGAAUUGUGUCGUUUGUCAGUUAUUGUAAAAAUAGCACAAAUAAUUAAUAUUCUUUGGGUUAUCAAUGCCCUUGCUUUUAGCUCAGAGUUCUUAUCUUACAUCUUAAAAAUAUCCAAAAUCUUCUAUGUAACUACCGUAUCACAGUACAAAUCAGGCACACAACAUAACUGACAACGACAAGGGAACAGUGCCUUGACUGAGACAAAAAAUCCCCAGGUGAUGUAAUUUAAAACUGAGAAAUGUAUAGAAGCCACUCGAGAUAAUUUGUAUGCUGCAUUGAUAUAGUAGUUGUGAAGUGGGACACGAAGGAAAGUGUUACGAAAUAUAAACAACGCAACGUGAAUUUAUAACACAUGGAUGUUAACGGGUUGGUGACGAUAGAUCACGUCAGAUGAAAGUGGACUCCGGUUACUACUUACAGUAGAAACACACACUACAAAUCAAUCACUCUGCCCGGUGUUGAAUUCCUGACCUUGAAAACACUUUAUUUACGAACGCCGUCGAAAGGAGUUGAAACAUCUGAACUGUUGAACAACUUCCACAAGUAAACUUUAAGUGAACAGUGUAAAGACAUCAAAUCGCCGCAUUACCAGUAUGCGCAUCGACAGGAAAACGCGGUCGAGCGGCUCACUCAAUUAAGAGAAUCUCACCUAGGAUUUGCGUUUGAAAUCUGCGAGACUUUGGUUAAGUGGUUUUAAACAUCAAACAACGUCGAAGUGGAGAUGAGAUCUUUACCAUGCUCAGGAUUUCAGGAAUGACUUCGGGAUCUCUUCAGGACAACGGAGCGCUGGAAAAAGGUUCGUGUCGUAACUGCCAUUCCACCAAACUCUUGAUCUUCGCACUUUUCGUGUUGUAUGCUGUUUGUCAAGUUCAAAUUCUCGUAAACAGAGAGGGGUCGGUGAAUGUUGCAAAUAUUUUGCGCGAAAUUCAACAGACCAGCCAACGCAUUGCGGAUAUGGAAUUGUCAAUGAUCAAGGUUGAGAGCACUCUGGAUUUUCUUCUUGCCGAGUUGGGUGUGAAGCCGAUUGCUCACAGCAGAGCGAAGCGGCAGAGUGGUUCUUCCAUUCGUCAGGAGAUGCGGCAGCUAAAGCGGUACUUGAAAUAUUUAGAGCGGAGAAUUCAAUGUGUUAUGUCAGACAACGGGACUGAUGGCAGGGGAAAGCCGUGUUCCGGCGGCACGGGAGGGAAAACAGGAUAUUUAAAGAACAGGCAAAAAGAGGACAGAACGAGUUCCACAAGUAAACCGACGGAAAAACCAACGAAAAGCAGGGGAUCAAAGCAAACGGGCGGUACAGCUAAUUCCCAAAUCUCGAGUCAAACAAGUUCCAGGACUACAAAGCGAAGCAGAAGUACUGUGUAUACGUACUGGGGAAGCUCAAAGUGUUCAACAGGUGAAGAUGAAAUAGUAAAAACUGUUUAUUCAGGUGAGUUUGACAUUUGUUCAUAGCGCCUGCUCAUGGAAAACACCCCGUAAAUCUCAUUUCAGGCUCUUAUCGAAACAAAGCAAAAGUAACAUGGCGUCAUAGUGCGAUAUUCCAGUCGAGUUCUUCUUCAUUUGAUUUAUCGGUUUUUAGGCUGAUUUGUCUUGUAAAGAGAUUUUACAGUCCUGGCAAUAAUUGUUGGGCCUCUCUCUCCAUCUCUCUUUCAAUGUUCAACUUGGUAAGAGACUUUGUAUCUCGACAUUCAGAGGGACGGUAGGAGCGACCAAAAGUAGACACCCAUCUAUACCAUGCCAUACAGUGUAGAACAUAUAUACAGCCAAUCAGAACACAGAAAAGCCGUUGUGUAUUCGAUGGUAUUACAUACAGCCUUUCUGUCAUACGCCGCGCGUAUGUCGCAUUGAUUGUGCUGACCGCUGUAUUUU